AUGGGACGAAAAAGAACGAUAUCUAGUGUACUUGAUGAAAAUCCUAUUACUACCAGAUCACCUCGAGUUACUACUCGAUCAAUCAUUCAGCCAAGAAUUCAUAAAGUACCCUUUUUGGAAAAUACUGAAAUUUGGGAUAAUGAACCAUCUGAAGUUUUGGAAAAUACUGAAAAUAUUAAUGAUGAAUCAUCUCAAUUGACUAUUUUAAAUGAGCAAAGAGUUGACCGAUUGCCUCAAAGACGUAGAUCAAGAGAAAGUAUGGCCAAAGAUCAAAGCGAAGACACUAAUGAUAACGAAUUGAAUGGAGAUGACGAAUCGGAAAAUAACAAAUCUGAAACUUUUGAAGAUUAUUCAUGCCCUUCUUUCGAACCAUAUCAAGACCCAGAUGUCACUCCAACUCCAACUAGCGAUGAUAAUAAGUUUUUAUGGAUUUUAAUAUGGAUUAUGAAAUUUCGAAUGAGAUUUAUCAUUCCAGAAACAGCAACUUAA